AUGGCAAGAUUUGAUGCGAUGAUUUCAGUAGAAUUGUGGCUCAUCUGUUUAGGUUUUAUCGUUCAUAUUAUUUUACUUUAUUCCAUAUUUGAUAUUUAUUAUAUAUCACCGUUGGUUCAAAAUUGUAAGGCAUAUCCGAUAACAAGCGGAAAAGGAUUGGCUAGUCGAGUCGUUAUUUUCACGGCAGAUGGUCUUCGUGCUGAUACAUUUUUUCAAAAUCCAGAGAAAUCACCAUUUCUUCAUGCGAUCAUGAAAGCACAGAAGGCUUGUUGGGGAUUGAGCAAAAGUCAUGUUCCAACCGAAUCACGUCCUGGUCAUGUCGCGAUUUUUGCUGGUUUUUAUGAAGAUGUGAGUGCUGUAGCAAGAGGUUGGAAAAUGAAUCCAGUGCAAUUUGAUAGUCUAUUCAAUAGGUCUCGAAGAAGUUGGUCGUGGGGUAGUCCUGAUAUUGUUCCAAUUUUCACUAAAGGGAUCAGUUCUGCAGCUUCCAAUGUUUAUUCGGCGGAAUUAGAAGAUUUUCAUUCCAAAGAUGCAGGAAUACUCGACCGAUGGGUAUUUGAUAAUGUCAAGGAGCUAUUUAAAAAUGCCAGUGAUAUUCUUAAAGAAAAUCUCAGCCAAGAUCGGGUCCUAUUUUUUCUUCAUUUAUUAGCUCUUGAUACUAUUGGACAUGGGUACAAACCUCAUUCAGAACAAUAUAUAAAUAAUAUAAAGACCGUUGAUAAUGGAAUCGCUGAUAUUGUUGAAGUUGAUAUAGCAGUUUUUAUUUCGGCCUUGUUGGGUAAUGCGAUACCAACAAAUAGUGUUGGCAAGUUACCAUAUACAUUUCUCGAUGCUUCACCAAAGUAUAUUUUCCAAGCAGCCUACGCAAACCUUAUGCAGGCAGGAUUUUUUCAAUUCCGUCAACUACAACCGAAAACCUUAUCAAAUAUAGAAACAAUGAUGGAAAGAUUAAUUGAAAAUAAAAGAUAUGAGGCAGCUGCUCAUAUAUGCAUGAAAUGGAUUCCUGUGGUACGUAGUGGUUUACUUUAUUUUCAUCGAUACGAUAGGUUUCUUUCAAGUAUAGCGAUUAGUUCACUUUUCUUCGCUUGGAUUUUACUUGUCUACAGUGCGAUAACAAGGAAUAUUUUGUUGUUAUUGUGUUGUUUCGCUCUGGCAAUAUUUCCUCAAUUACCAGUUGUUGGUCGAUAUCCUUAUCCAGGUUUAUGUGUAUUUACCUCUUUCUUGAAUUGUUUCUUCAUGUAUUUUAUCUCAAGUUAUCCUCGUUUUAUUGACAAUGCUACUUAUUAUCAAAUACAUUCUUUUCUUCAUGGUAUUACAGUUAUAAUUUUAAUAUUCAUGGACUAUGUGGGACGUAAACAGAAUUCUCUUCUUUUUAUACAAUUAAUCAGUUGGCUACUUAUUCCGUGUACUUUUAUUCUACCAUUAUUUGCGCCAAAAUAUAUAGUUGGUCGUUUAAUUAGUUGGUUCUCAGCGAUAAGUCUGCCAUAUUCAUUAUUAAGUGUUUCUUAUGAAUCCUUUUUUCUUUUCAUUUUUUUCAUUCUUCUUUGGAUUUAUAUUCGCAUUCAAUUUGAAUUUUCGAAUAAUAACAAUUAUUGGACGAAUAUGUGUUUUUCAACGAGGAAAGAUUUUAAUAACUGUGGUACAUCCAAAGUAACGUUGAUGACUUUUAAACAAGCUUUAGUUUUAAUCACAUUAGUGGAAACUGCAUUUUUCGGCACUGGUAAUAUCGCUUCAUUGAAUAGCUUUAAUCCAUCUUCUCUACGUUGCUUCAUAUCUAUUUUUUCUCCGUUCACAAUGGCUGCAUUAUUAAUAUUUAAAAUUUUUCUACCGUGUUUCGCUAUUGCAAUUGUAUUCGCAUUUAUAAUUCAUAUGAAAAAUGCAAGUGUCGCGAAUCUAUCAUGUUUAGUUCUUAUAAUAUCUGAUGCGAUGGCUGCAAUAUUCUUCUAUCGUUUAGUUGAUGAUGGAAGUUGGUUAGAAAUUGGAAUGAGUAUAAGUCAUUACGUGCUAAGUAUGGCAAUUUCUAUUAUAAUAUUUUCGACGUUACAUAUAGCAAAAUAUAUAGUAUUUUUAUCAAUUAAUGAUAUUAUUAAAAAAAAAUCAAAACAUUUUAUCUAA